UUUAACCAGUCUUCUUCUUUGUCGACGCGGUGUCGCCAUCACCGAAAGCCGUAUACCGCCGACCGUCUAAGCCACCUAGCAAAAAGCCCUGGAAGACCACGACACGACACGACCUUGAGAUUUGCCGAGAUCCGCGUCUGCAAGCUAGCUAGCCAAUACCUCGAACCAAUCUGUAUCCAAAAGUUCUCCAAAAACCCUGGCCUAUAGCUACGCCACACCAAGAGGUCUGAGCAAGAACUAGCUAUUGGCGCUUUAGGAAAUCAAUUAGCAGAAGAAGAUCGGCCUAAUUUAAGCAUUAAGUCUGCUCGCUCACGAGUCUACUCAUCCAUCGAAGUUCGGCGACGUCGUCGGUGAUCGGGAAUUCAGCUCUUCUCCUCUUUGUUAUUUCCCAAGGCAACAGAUCCCUGACUGGGUGAAGCAUAGUUAUACACACAUCACAAACUUGAGGUGAAAUCAGAGAGAAUACAUCUCAACAGCUUGUAGAAAAUGAUGUGGGAUUGUACUUCACUUGCCUGGUUAGGUGCUUCGUUGAUAGCUGCUCUCGGGCUUGUGCUCCGGUGGGCAAAGGCAAGGAGUGGCUCCAACAAUCAGCGGCCACCGGGGCCACCAGGAUGGCCAAUCAUCGGCAACAUACUUGAUCUUGGAGAUGCACCACACCAGAACCUACACAAGCUCAGAUUCAAGUAUGGACCCGUUCUUUGGUUGCAGCUUGGAUCCGUGAACACCAUGGUUAUACAAUCAGCUAAGGCAGCCGAAGAACUUUUCAGGAACCAUGAUAUUAGUGUCUGCGGACGCAUGGUUCCCGAUUCACUAACAGCCUUGAGCUAUCAUCAGGGAUCCGUGGUAUUCGGUAAUUAUGGUGAAUACUGGCGCAGAAUCCGGCGCCUCUGUACCGCAGAAUUCCUGGUUAACAAACGGCUUAAAGAGACAGCCACUCUCCGGCAAAAAUGCAUUGACAACAUGAUCCACUGGAUUGAGGAGGAUGCAGAAAUGUCGCGCUCACAGGGGGGAUCAAGGGAGGUAGAGAUAUCCCACUUCCUGUUUCUCAUGGCUUUCAAUGUCUUGAGCAACCUCAUGCUGUCAAGAGAUCUCCUGGAACCGCAAUCCAUGGAAGGGCGUGAGUUCUUUGAUGCAAUGAACAAGAUCAUGGAUUGGGCUGGCAAACCUAAUCUCGCAGACUACCUGUCAUUUCUGAAAUGGCUCGACCCCCAGGGCAUAAAAAAGAAUAUGGAACGAGAUAUGGGACGAGCCAUGAAGAUUAUAUCUGAGUUUGUCAAUGAAAGGGUAAAACAAAAGCAGUCGGGCACAGAGAAGGCAACCAGAGAUUUCCUCGAUGUUCUACUGGAGCAUGAUGAAGGUGGAAAUGAAGGGUCAGAUAAGAUUUCAGAGACGAAUGUGAAUAUUAUCAUAGUGGAAAUGUACCUAGCGGGGUCAGAAACGACAAGUGGCGUGAUUGAAUGGGCUAUGGCAGAGCUACUACGACACCCUGAUUCAAUGAGAGAGGUUAAAGAAGAGCUUGAUCGAGUUCUUGGACCCAACAGGAAGGUUGAAGAGAAUGACAUGGAUCAGCUGCCGUACUUGCAGGCAGUAGUGAAGGAAACUUUCAGGCUACAUUCUCCAGCUCCGUUACUGGUACCGCGGAAAACAUUGGAAGAUUUGAACUAUAUGGGAUAUUUCAUACCCAAGAGCACACAAGUCAUUGUGAAUGCUUGGGCAAUUGGAAGAGAUCCAGAUCACUGGGAAGAUCCCUCGUCAUUCAGGCCAGAGAGGUUUCUUGGCAAAAACACUGAAUACAAGGGGCAGCAUUUUGACCUGAUUCCAUUUGGAUCAGGGAGACGAAUGUGUGUUGGCUUACCCUUGGCUCACCGAACAGUUCCACUUGCUCUUGCUGCCCUGCUACACUCUUUUGAAUGGGAGCUUGAUAGCUCGGUCACUCCAGAGACCAUGGAUAUGAGUGAAAGGAUAGGUAUAACUCUGCGGAAGCUAACACCCUUGAAAGCCAAACCCACAAGGAGAGGAGGUAUGGAGAAUGAUGGAUGACCAUCCAGGUACUUCUGUCUCAUUCGUGGUUGCAGUUCGUGUGUUGUUGCCCCUGGGAACACCCGGUAGCUUUGGCUGCAUUCCUCCAUGAAGAGAAUUUGAGUCCAAAGUCCCCAUAAAGUUUCACUAGAAACAACUCCUUAGGUGAUUAAGUGCCUAAUCCCUACUGUCUCUCAGUUUUAUUAUUCUUGUUUUUCUUCUUCCUGUCUGCAGCUAUAACUGAUAUGUGUGAUUUUCAUAUUUACCUUUUAAUUAUUUAAAAAUUACUCAGACCAAAA